AUGGAACAGCCCAAGGAGUCAAAUCGAGGGCAGGCCGAGAAUGAAGCGGGCCCGUUCCCAGUGAAGAAGGUGGUGCUGUCCAAGACCGGUAUCGGCUACUUCGAACGGGAGGAUGAGGUGGCAGGCGGGCAGCCAUUCGAGUUGUUCUUCAAGAGCGGCGACAUGAACGACGUCCUCAAGUCCCUCACUAUGGUCGACCUCUCCAACAAGUCAGCAGAGAACAAGGCCAAGGUGGGAGGAGGCUUGACGUUCGGCAAGGACCAGGGCAAGAGCACCAUCCACUCCAGCUCGGACAUCAGCGCUGUCGGCCAAGCCAGUCUGGUGUCGUCGAUCAGCUACGAGUCGACGCGGCCCUUCGACAAGCAGCUCGACGACCUCUCCAUCUCGCUCAACGAGCACUCGUCCCUGCGCGACCUGCUCGGUCAGGUCAAGGGCACGCCCGUCCAGGUGGAGGUCCUCCGCCAUGGCAAGCGCGACCUCGUCGAGGGCACCGUCAUCGGUCUGGAGAGGAAAUCGCUGGUGCGUCCGAGUCGGCACGAGGCCUACUUCCUGGCGCUGCUGGUCGAGGGCAAGGCCGUGCAGUACUUCAACCUCGGCGCCGUGGUCAAGCUGCGGUUCAUGAACGAGCUCAUGCAGCAGGACCUGCGCCACCUCCUCACCAUCCUCCUCCAGGCGAAGAAGAAGGAUCUCAAGUCCGUGACGGGCUACACGCGCGGCGGGGGCGAUAAACGCAACAUCCGGGCGUCGUACAUCGUGGAGGCGCCUGUGUGGAAGACCACCUACCGCCUCCUCUUCAACACCAAGAAGGAGGUGAAGUCGAUCAUCGAGGGCUGGGCGCUGGUGGACAACACGCAGAACGAGGACUGGCGCGGGGUGGAGCUGUCGCUGGUGUCGGGCGCGUCGAACUCGUUCAUCUACGACCUCUACAACCCGCGCUACGCCGCUCGCACUGAGGCACGCCCCCCCAAACCCAUACUGCCUCGCGGUCACUUGUGUCUGGCGGAGUCUCACGCCCGACGACAGAUCGAGGUGGAGCAGGAGGAGACUCUGGCGCCGCCCACGCUCGAAGACGCCGUCGCCCAGCACGACGUGUCUGCCCUCGUUGAGGCCACUGCAACCAAAGAUGAGAGAAAGCCUAUGCCAAUCAUGCGCGCCAAGGCUGAGAAGGAGAAGUGCAAGAAGAAGAUGAAGAGUGCCGCGCCGAUGAUGAAGAUGCAGUGCGCUGCUGCGCCCAUGGCGUCGCGCGCUCGACAGAGCAGAAGAGAAAUGGCACCGGAGGCGGAGAUAGAGCACUGCUACGACGACGACGACGAUGACGAAGAAGGGGGUUACGGAGGCACGAGUCCUGCUCCUCCCCCCGAAGAGUUCUCGAGGACUACGGCAUCGUCGUCGGUGGAGGUCAACUCCGAGGCCAAGAAGAUGGAGAUGGCCGACCUCUUCCAGUACAAGAUCACGAGCGCGGUGAACGUGAACCGCAACCAGUCAGCCCUCGUGCCCUUCCUCCACACCGAGUUCCACGGCGUCAAGGCCUCCGUCUACAACAAGGGGUGUGGUGAUGGGCAAAAUGCGAAGAAUGUGCGGGAGGACAACCCGCUGGCGGUGAUCAAGUUCAAGAACACGUUCGGCGACGACGUCUACGUGGGCGAGUCGAUGCUGCCUCGGGUCAAGGUCAACGAGGAGAUCUACGCGGCCUACGCCGUCGACCUCAAGACCACCGUCACCAUGACCGACUCCUCCGAACUGCGGGAUGUGUACCAGGCCGACGCGGCCCAGUACGAGUGGGAGAAGGGUAGGCUCACUCUGCGGAGGUGGAAGGUGUAUGAGUUCACCUACGUGGUUGACAACAAAAACGACCAUGCCAUCGACCACUUCUAUCUCGAGCAUCCGAAGAGUGCGACGGAGUUGAUCGAGACGCCGGAGCCCGAUGAGCGCCUGGCCCACUUCUAUCGCUUCAAGCUGGUGGUGCCCGCAAGGCAGGUCGUCAAAUUCGUCGUCAAGGAGCAGGAGCAGAGCGACGAAACGUACCCGCUGGACUACACGGACAAGGCGCAAGCGGAGGAGUGGUUCGCCGCCGGCUACAUUCCGUCGGACGUCAAGAAGACGCUGGACGCGAUCGUGAAGCGGGGGGAGAAGAGCGAGGAGUUCGAGCGUCAGAUCACCACCCUGCACGAUCACAAGUCGUCGCUCGAGGAGGACAUCAACCGCAUCGACCGCUGCCUCGGCUCCCUCGCACUCUCCGACAGCGGCUUCUAUGCGGAACAGAGCAAGUUCAGGGACUUCUUCACGAAGGAGCUCAACGCGAUCAAGACCGAGCACGCCAAGGUGGAGAAGCAGGUGGCCAAGCUCGAGAAGAAGAGCGAACGGAACGACGACAAGAAGGAGUCCCUCGCACAGGGCAUCCGCUUCCUCAAGAAGAUCCCCGCCAAGAGCACUGCCGCCGGCACCACCAAGAAGAACUAA